AUGGUAGUGCACAUUUUGGGGAAAGGUUUCAAGGGUAAAGAGGUUAUAAAGAUUGCGCUAGCGUCGAAGUUCUAUGGUAUUGGGCUCAAGACGUCAGAAACAUUAUGUUCAAAACUUGGAUUUUAUCCCUGGAUGCGCAUGCACCAACUAUCUGAACCGCAAAUCAUGAACAUCACAAGCGAGCUCUCGAAUAUGACUAUUGAGGGCAAUGCUAGGGCCGUGGUAAAGGACAAUAUAGCGCUGAAGAGAAGAAUCGGCUCGUACGAAGGUAUGAGACAUGCUUUGAACCUGCCGGUGCGUGGCCAACGUACGAGAAAUAACGCAAAGACCGCUAGACGGCUCAAUCGGGUUGAUAGACGUGGCUACCAUACGAGCACCGGGGGCAAUAAGGUAACGUGGUGGAAACGUUGGUUCUUCUAG